GUUGGCAUAACAACUUCUUUUUAUUGCCACAAGACAUUAUAAAAUAGGAGGACUAGCAGCUUGGUAUUUGUGACAAAACAUAUAUUCUCCAUAUCUGGAAGUUCUAGCUAGAGAAAAUUGGUAAUGGAGGUAUACUGGAGAUGGGGCUGUCUGCGUCUGAUAAUGCUGUUUUUUUGCUGUUUUGAGUUUCAUGUUAUGGCUAGUACCAAACAUUACAUAUCGGCUAUCGGAGAUCCUGGAAUGAGAAGAGAUAAUCUAAGGGUGGCUAUUGAGUCGUGGAACCAAUGCAAUGAGGUAGGUGAAGAGGUUUCCGACAUGGGAAGUCCAAGGAUGGCAGAUUGCUUCGACAUUGACAAUACAACAUCUUCAGUCAGGUUAAUUCACAAGGUGGAUAAUGUUGAUAACAAGCUCGGAAUGUUAAAUGGGUCGUAUGGAGAAAUAAAGGCAAAAAGUAUUGAUUUAUAUGCUGCUGAGAAAGAAAUUUAUUUGGGAAAAAAAUGCCAAGUUGAAGAUGAACCAAGGCCAUGGCAAUUUUGGAUGAUAAUGCUCAAAAGUGGUAACAUGGACACAUUAGCUGCUAUAUGCCCGGAAAACGGCAAGAAAGCGAAGCCCUUCCGGCAGGAUUCUCGGUUUCCAUGCUUCGGCAAAGGUUGCAUGAACAUGCCUACGAUAUACCAUGACUAUACUAGCAUUCACGGGAAGGAUAACAAUACACUGAGGGGAAGUUUCUAUGGAACAUGGGAUUUAGACGCUAAUGUUAGAAAUGGUGUGAUUGGCAAUGACACUUCUUAUUAUAAUGUGACAUGGGUAAAAGAAAUUGGGAAAGGAAGUUGGAUUUUUCAUCAUUUUUUGAAGACAUCAUCGAGGUAUCCAUGGCUAAUGCUGUACUUAAGAUCCGAUGCCACAACAGGGUUUUCUGGUGGGUAUCAUUAUCAGACAAGGGGUAUGUCUAAAAUCGUUCCAAGGUCACCCAAUUUCAAAGUGAGAUUUACACUAAACAUAACCAAAGGAGGAGGUCCAAAAAGCCAGUUUUACCUCUUAGACAUGGGAAGUUGUUGGAAAAACAAUGGAAAGCCUUGUGAUGGGGAUGUGACCACAGAUGUUACAAGGUACAGUGAGAUGAUCAUAAACCCUAACGUCGAAGCAUGGUGCAAGCCGGACCAUCUCGAUGCCUGUCCGCCUUACCACACACUUCCGAAUGGGACUCGUAUCCAUCGAACAGAUAAGAACAACUUUCCCUACGAUGCUUACCAUAUUUAUUGCUCCCCAGGCAAUGGUGAGCACCUUGAGGAACCAUACAACUUAUGUGAUGCCUAUAGCAAUCCUCAACCACAGGAGAUAUUGCAGAUUUUACCCCAUAAAGUUUGGGGUGAUUAUGGGUAUCCUACCAAGAAGGGCGAAGGUUGGAUUGGAGAUCCAAGAACUUGGGAGCUUGAUGUUGGUAGACUAUCUCAAUCAAUUUAUUUUUACCAGGAUCCAGGCACAAAACCUGUGGAGAGACAUUGGCCAUCAAUUGAUUUGGGUGUUGAAAUAUACAUCAGAAAUGAUGAAAUAGCCGAAUGGACUGUUAGUGAUUUUGACAUAAUCAUGCCCAAAGAUUAUAUAUCAGAUUGCAAGAAGGAUAAAUUUGAUUUUCCUCUUAUGAAUUUUUCACAUCUAGCUCAUAAUGAAACUAAUUUGGUUUAUGAUCUUUUUAUCUUUGCAUCACAAGCUAAGAAGGUUUUUUAUGUAAAUGAUGAAAAACAUAAUGGUUGGAUUAUUGUCAAGCAUGCAAAACGUAGAGAUGUAUUUGAUAUGGGUGAUGAAUCAUCUUUAUAUAGAGAGCAAGAAAAUGAAGAAAUCUAUGUUGAAUUUGAUGAUACAUAUGGUACUUCAAAUUGGGUUAGAAGUGAAGUUGAUGAUAAAGGAAUGAAAGUCACAGUGGAAAUGGAAAAUAAGCAUAUAGAAGAAGAUCCUAUAGAUGAACAUAAUGGGGAAGACAUUUUUUAA